AUGGACCAUCGCACUCAUCGCACCUUUCGAGACGAUGGGCGAGUCAACGCCAACGACGAAGUUAUGGAGGACUUUGCGAGCACCAGUGCACUCAAAUCCCAUUUUUUUGAAGCCAACGAGCACGCACACAGUUCCGACCUGGUAUCGACAACAAGCUUUGCAAAUGCCCAAGAGCUGGAUGCUCUAAUUCAUACAACACCGACAAACUCGCGACAGGCCGAUACCGAGCGCAUCCCAACAGGCUUUCAAGCCAGCUUCUACGGGGCCAUGGAGCUUGACGGGCUCCUCCCUAACAGCAAUGAGAAGCUAGACAACACUCCGGCGUCGACUCCCACCACUGAUGCUGUUGCUUCUGUGCAUUCGGCAUUUAGUGCUAGUUUUAUGGGAAACGAUGAGCUUCAGACCAGAAUGGACGUGGAUGAAUCUCUUUCCUAUCACGAGGACUCCGAGAACAUCAACCAACUCAUCUCCGAGGCUGACGAUGCAGCUCUGGCUGUGCCUGCUGCUGCUGGGUCGACGACGACCACGCAUUCCCAGUCCUCAGUUGCAGUGUCACAGGGUCACGCACCGGGAAAGGGUCUGCUCACCCCGGUGGCUCUUGACCUGAACCGCUACAAUGACAACAUCACUGCAAUUAAGCAUGCGACUGCCUAG